CGGGUUAGCGGCCCGCUGGUCACAGUGGAAAGGAGAGUUUCUGUCCUGAGGUGCUGCGACGCGAUGGGCGCCCGCACCCACCGCCGGGGUACAGCAGGGCAAAGCGGCUGUCACCAGUAGAACCUUGUCCAGCUCCUCACAGGCUGGAGGAGGAGCCCGGGUGGCGCGGAGAGGAGCGGAGCGGAGCUUGACCCUUGGCUGGGCCCCUCUGUUCAGGGUGGCCAUGGGGGUUUUCCUCAUGGUGCCCCGCUGCGCUGUGCGGAGGCGCUGGGCGCCGCUGAGGUGGCUGACGGGGUUCCACAGGAGCACCUCGGUACAGCAGUGCAGCACUAAUGCCCUGGGGUUGCUCCAGCAGAGGAAACAGCUCCCGAGUGUGGUUCCCAGGCCGUGGGACUCGAGGUCUCGGGGCAGGAGAGCGCUCCAUGCAGGCUCCUCCAGGCUCCAGGAGGUCAUGCUGACCAGCGAGCGGUACGGAGUGCGGAGGCUGCCCUUCUCCCAUGUGUCUGAGGGCGAUGUGGCGUUCUUCGAGCAGAUAAUGCCAGGCAGAGUCAUCACGAAUGCGGAGGAACUGAAACCAUUUAACGUGGACUGGCUUAAAUCGGUCCGAGGCUGUAGCAAGCUGAUGUUGAAGCCGCAGACAACAGCAGAGGUGUCUCAAGUUCUCAGGUACUGUUACGAGAGGAACCUGGCAGUGAACCCACAGGGGGGUAACACAGGCCUUGUUGGGGGCAGCGUUCCUGUCUUUGAUGAGAUCAUUCUCUCCACUGUUCUCAUGAACCGGAUCACCAGCUUUGACAAGGUGUCUGGAAUCCUUGUGUGCCAAGCUGGCUGCAUCUUAGAGAAGCUCAACGAGUACUUGGAGGAGCAGGGGUUUAUCAUGCCGCUUGACUUGGGGGCGAAAGGUAGCUGCCACAUCGGUGGCAAUGUGGCCACUAAUGCUGGAGGCUUGCGGCUUUUGAGAUACGGCUCUCUCCGAGGGACAGUGCUAGGACUGGAAGUGGUGCUGGCUGAUGGCUCAGCUCUGGACUGUUUGGCCUCUCUGCGCAAAGAUAACACUGGCUAUGAUUUGAAGCAGCUUUUUAUUGGAUCUGAGGGGACCUUGGGAGUUAUCACUGCUGUCUCCAUACUCUGUCCGCAGAAACCAAAGGCUGUGAACCUGGCAUUCCUAGGAUGUCAGAGUUUUGCUAAAGUUCUGGAAACAUUUACAACCUGCAGAGCCAUGCUGGGAGAGAUCCUGUCUGCCUAUGAGUUCAUGGAUGAGAGGUGCAUGGAAUUGGUUGAGAGACAUCUGAAGCUGACCAGCCCAGUGAGAGACAGCCCUUUUUAUGUUUUAAUUGAAACUUCGGGCUCCAACUCAACCCACGAUGAAGAAAAAUUGAACAACUUCCUAGAACAGGCCAUGACUUCUGGUUUGGUCACUGAUGGAACUGUGGCAACAGAUGAGAAGAAAAUAAAGACACUGUGGAGCCUGCGAGAGAGGAUCACAGAGGCCCUAACUCAUGAUGGCUAUGUCUACAAAUACGACAUCUCCCUCCCUGUGGGAAAGCUGUAUGAUCUCGUGACUGACACCAGGGCCCGCCUGGGCCCGAGUGCCAAAAACGUGGUGGGCUAUGGCCACUUGGGAGAUGGAAAUUUGCACUUGAACGUCACGGCAGAAUCCUAUAACCAUUCCCUGUUGGAUGCCAUUGAGCCCUUUGUGUAUGAGUGGACUGCAAGAUACAACGGCAGUAUCAGUGCAGAGCAUGGACUGGGUUUCAAGAAAAAGCAGUUCAUUCAGUACAGCAAACCCAGGGAGGCAAUCCAUCUAAUGCAGCAUUUCAAAGCCAUGUUAGAUCCCAAAGGAAUCCUCAACCCAUACAAGAUGCUGCCCUCCAGUUCCUGAGAGCAACACGCAUGGAGAAGUGAGCAGAUACCAUCAGGCAAGGAUGGCACCUGUAGCUCAGUACCUGCACUUUAACCAUGAACAUACUCAUGGAUCAAGCAAGCACUUGGAAUGCUCCUUGUUUUAGUCCUUUAAUGUGAUGGAACAAGUAAAAAAACAUGGUUCCUCUUUUUAGGGGUGUCUGCUCUUUCUGAAGAACAC